AUGGACUACGUCACGCAACCAACACAACAGGCCACUCAGGCUACACAAAAAUACAUAAUUGACAAGUUUUCGCAGGAACAAAUCGACGAUGACAUUGUCUUCCGAGUGAUCUGUACUGCAGGCCAAAUUCCAAUCAGAGACCUGCGAGCAGAGUUACGAGAUGUAAUGCGCAAGAGCGAAUCAAUAAAAAAAGUCUGGACUUUCGGGAGAAAUCCGCAAUGCGACUAUCAUCUAGGCAACACUUCGCGGUUUUCCAAUCGACACUUCCAAAUCAUGCUCGGUGAAGACGGGAAUCUGCUGCUGAAGGACACAUCGACGAAUGGAACGUGGCUCAAUGGCGAGCGCAUGGAGAAAGAUAGGAACCAGCUGGUGAGCCAGGGUGACGAGAUUACUGUCGGAUGGGGUGUUCCGCAAGACGUCGUUAGUUUGGUGAUUUUCAUUAAUGACAAGUUCAAACAAAGACAAGAAAUGGCCAAACUUCAGGGCUUCCGAGUGACCGGUAGAGGUCCCGAUGGGUCCAGAAAUACAUCGCCAAAGAUACAACUCACAGGAAUACACAAGGACUACUCUAUCAAAGACGAGGUGGUAGGUCAAGGUGCUUUUGCCACGGUCAAGAAAGCCGUAGAAAGACGCACGGGCAAAACGCACGCGGUAAAAAUUAUAAACAAGCGCAAAGUUCUUACGAAUAUGGAUGGUGUGACUCGGGAAUUAGAAGUGCUGCGACGGCUGGAUCAUCCAAGAAUUGUGAGCCUUAAGGGUUUCUACGAAGACAAAGACAGCUAUUACUUGGUGAUGGAAUUCGUCUCAGGAGGCGAUCUUAUGGAUUUUGUAGCGGCCCAUGGGUCUGUUGGUGAAGAUGCUGGCCGUGAGAUUACCCGUCAAAUUCUGGAGGCAGUGAAGUAUAUUCAUGCCACUGGCAUAAGCCACCGUGAUCUGAAACCCGACAAUAUUCUAAUCGAGCAGGAUGACCCAGUGCUUGUUAAAAUCACAGAUUUUGGACUGGCCAAGAUCCAAGGUAAUGGAACGUUCAUGAAAACUUUCUGCGGCACACUCGCUUAUGUGGCACCAGAAGUGAUCAGCGGCAAAACCUCAGAGGGAAAAGAAAAUAAUUCGUAUUCCUCUAUGGUAGAUAUGUGGUCAAUCGGCUGCCUUGUGUAUGUCAUAUUAACCGGCCAUCUUCCCUUUAGCGGAAGCACUCAAAAUGAACUUUACAAGCAAAUUUGCGCAGGUUCCUACCACGAGGGCCCACUGAAGGACUACCGAAUAUCCGAUGACGCAAGAGAUUUUAUCGAAUCCUUCCUUCAAGUAAAUCCUAGAGAACGCAUGUCUGCGGAGAACGCACUGCGACAUCCAUGGAUUCUAGCUGCUCAAGAUUCAAAUGUCGUGGACUCUCAAAUAUGCCUGUCACAGUCAAUGUCCCAACAACGGGCUGGGGAAAGUGUCAGCGAUGCUCAUCAACAGUUUUUGAAUAUACGAGCUUUGGAAAAGCAGAGAGGAGUCCAAGGCAACCACGGCGCCGAAGAAGAUAUGGAUGAGAAUCCUUCGCAGCAACCAGUGUUCAAGGUUCCAGCAAGAGCACCCAUCAGGUUUACACAGUCAUGUGUGCCGGAGGAUUCCAGGCCGGACAGUAUCAAGCAGGUGCGUACUGCCAAUUAUGACAUGAACUACUCUUCCUUAUCCUCCAACGCCGAUAACCAGCAUGUUGCCCUACCAAUCCCUCAAAGCAAAGUAGACUCUAGCGAACUGGAUUUCAACGAAGAACAUGCAGUGUGCAUUAACGCUGACGGCCCACCGACCUCAGGCGGGAAGUUCAUAACUCUACGCUCUACAGCUCGAAGUUCUCUCAAGGGCAUAAUCGACAUCAAGCAAGGUGUCAAUCCGUUUUUCAUUGGCCGGUCACAGGAGUGUAACUGCCAGAUAGAAGACAGUCGACUGUCGCGGGUGCACUGCUUUAUCCUGAAAAAGAGACACCCUAUUGGGGAUAGCAUCCACGAGUCCCCCGCACAGGGUUUGGAGGAUCUGUGGUACUGUCACGCGGGGACAAAUCUCAGUUAUCUCAAUGAUGUGCGCCUCACCCAAGGAACCAAAGCGCUACUACACGAGGGCGACGAGAUCAAGAUUAUAUCAGAUAAGGCCAACGGUUUUGUGAUUUCUUUUGUCAUGGAGAUCAAUGACAGUACCGGUCUCUUUAACCACGGCAAACUUUUUCCUGGAGAACAACGUAAAGUUGAAACCCAAGGAAGUGAUGAGAAGAUAUUGCCUAAAAUUUUGACCCAGCCCAAGGGUCUGGCGGACAGCCAGGACGUAUCAAAGCGCGCGCUGUCCAUUAUAGCAAGCCAGGAUCCCGGCAAAAGAGCCAAGCGUGCCAAGUUGAACAAAGCCGACAACGUUCCCGGUCAGGUACAAUUCACAUAA